AUGUCCGUUAUCCCAAAAACAAGUGGAACCCCACCUAAAACAUGGACACGAGAUACCAACCCCGAAUUCUUCAUCUCAAGCGAUCCAAAGUUACUCUCUGUCAAGGCUGUCAAUGCCGCAUUUGAUAGAGACUUUGUUUACUGGGUUAAGGAGCCCUUCCCAGAGGAUGUGAUGUGGCAGAUGCUCCACGGUGCCUUGAGUUUUGGAGUGUACCGGUGGACCCUGCCUGCACAGACGGUCAAUGAUUCUACCAUCCCAUGUUCGGAGAACACUGAGCAGAUUGGACUUGCUCGCGUAGUCACAGAUGGUUGUUCAUUUGCUUAUCUGUCGGAUAUCUACGUUCUUCCCGAGUACCAAGGCAGCGGACUUGGCAACUGGCUUAUGUCUUGUGUUGUUGAGACCCUUUCGAACAUGCCGUAUCUACGUCGGAUUAUGUUGCUCACUGAUGAUGAGCGCAUGCAGGCUUUCUACACGAAGUUGUUUGGCAUGAAAGUUGUUGGGCGUGAAGAACGAAAGGACAUGGGGAGAGAUUUAGUGUUUAUGUGUGCGAGACCGCAUGCACAGCCAUAA